AUAAAUCCUAUUAACAACUUUCUGCUGAUGGAGACUCAGUGAGUACAGGGCUUUCCCACUCUUUUAUUAUCUCCACUGAGAAGUCUGCUUUUUUAUUUUCUAACCUCUAAAAAGAAGUGGUAGAGCAGAAGUCAGAGGCCACGCCAUGUCUGCAGAGAAGAAGCCAAAAAAGAAGAAAGAAGAGACAAAUGGCACAACAGAAGCCAAGCCGAAUGCAAAAGAGGCCAAGCCCAAAAAAACAAAGACGAAGAAAAGUGAAGAUGUAUCCGAUGAGGACAGUCCUGCCAUCCAAAAUGGAAAAAAGGUGAAGAAAAAGAAACCAGAAAAAGAUAAAGACGAACCAGACAAGGACAAAGAAAAGGAGAAAGAGCCAAAAAAGAAAGCCAAAAGUGCUCCAAAAAAGAAGAAAGGUUCAGGCUCAGAUAAUGACGACGAUGAUGAUGAUGAAGACACCCCCAAAAAGAAGACUAAGAAAAAGACAACAAAGGACAGCUCUGAAACGUCUGCCAAAGAAAAGAAAUCUAAAUCCAAAGAGGACAAGGACUCUGAUGGAAAAGAAAAAAAGUCCAAGUCAAAGGAGAAGGACAAGAAGAAAGAACCAGCUUCAUUGUUCCAGAUAAAAGGAGAAAAAGACUCAAAAAGCAAGAAGAAAGCUGCCAAAUCAGACAGUGAUGAGAGUGAAGAGGAGACAAAGUCAAUCAAAUCAAAGAAGAAAUCCACCGCCGGCUCAUCAUCCUUGUUCCAAAUAUCAGGAGAUAAGGACAAAGACAAGAAGACAAAGAAGAAAGCAAAGGCAGAAGAGAGCGAUGAUUCUGAAGAUGAAAAAUCCAAGAAGAAAAAGGGCAAAGGGAAGAAGAAAAAGGUGAGAUCUCCAUCACCUGAGAUUGAGUUUGACAACUUGGAGAAUUUUGUGAUGGAUCCGGCUCCGCAGGGCGUGACCGUCAAAUGCAGAUUGACUCGAGACCAGAGAGGGGUGGACAAGAGCCUCUACCCUCUGUAUUACCUCCACCUCGACAACACAAAGAAGACCUUCCUGUUGGCUGGGAGGAAAAGAAAGAAAUGUGCAACUUCAAAUUACCUCAUUUCCAUUGAUGCCACAGAUUUAUCCAGAGGUGGAGAGAACUUUGUUGGAAAGCUGAGGUCCAAUUUAAUGGGGACUAAGUUCACCAUAUUUGACAACGCUCUGAAUCCAGACAGAGCUCUUCCAGACUUGUCUAAUGCACGGCAGGAACUAGCAGGCAUCAUUUAUGAAACAAAUGUCUUAGGGAUGAAAGGACCCAGAAGGAUGACGGUUGUCAUUCCAGGAAUGGACAAGAACAAUGAACGAGUGCCUCUCCGACCACGGAAUGACUGUGACGGCUUGUUGGUAAGGCACCAGUAUAGAAAGAUGGACAAUCUGAUCGAGCUUCACAAUAAGACGCCUGUGUGGAACGAAGAAACUGCGUCUCAUGUUCUCAACUUUAACGGCAGGGUCACCCAGGCCUCCAUCAAAAACUUCCAGAUAGUCCAUAGCAAAGACGUGGACUACAUUGUGAUGCAAUUUGGACGAAUAGCUGAUGACAUUUUCACGCUGGACUUCAAGUACCCGAUGUGUGCCGUGCAGGCCUUCGCCAUCGCUCUCUCCAGCUUUGAUGGCAAAAUUGCCUGCGAAUAACAGAAAGAUCUUUGUCUAAUUUUCUACUCCCACUGAAACCAGUAUGCAACACGCCCACAACCACGUCACAACAACUCUUUGGACUCGCCUAUAACACUUCCUGUGAUAGACAGCGAUAACGAAUGAUGGUUCCUUGAACGUGACCAUCCCUGCUGUUGCGCUGUCAACUUUAUGGGCGUGGGAUUCAAUCUGAGAUUGCACAACACGGCACAGGAGAGUCAUGGUUUCUCUCCCGGUAAUUAAGUGGAAACCUCUGAAUUUCUGUUAAUCACAGACACACAUUACUUGAAAGGACUUCAGUGACUGGAGAGAGUUAAGUUAUUUUUUUAAGGGGAUGAUGGUACACCUUGAUGAUGAAAGUUACGAACAUCAUUAAAAGAAGUUCAACUGUGUGUUUUGGCUUUGUUGUGCUGUAUCGUAUUGCUGUUUAUUUAAUAUACCAAUAAACCAGUUAUCAGGCAUUGUUAAAGUGGCAUACACAUAAGUGUCAUAUUUUGAAAUAUGAAGGUCUUUAGUUUCUGGUGUUUGUGAUUGUGAUUUUGUGACUACACAUUCAAUCAAAGAAUAGUUCCCUGCCCAUCUCAGAUGACUUGUGCUCCUGUAGUUUUUUUUCUAUUAUGUGUUUUUUGGUUCCAACAUUUUGUAAAAUGUAUUCUUUUCUGAACACUGCCUUUGUUGCAUUUUUAGGCUUAUUGUUAUAUUAUAUAAUAAAGCAUGUGAACUUUUGAACUUG